UUUUUCUCAUCUCCACAGAUCUCUCAGAGGAGAAUGGGUAUAAGAAAUCAAUCCACAGUGACAGAGUUUCUUCUUUUAGGAUUAACUGACCAACCAGAGCUUCAGUUGCCCCUUUUCUGCCUCUUCUUAGGGAUUUAUAUAGUCACUGUGGUGGGAAAUCUCAGCAUGAUCUCAAUAAUCGGGUUAAGUUCUCAACUUCACACCCCCAUGUAUUAUUUCCUCAGUAGUUUGUCUUUUUUGGAUAUCUGCUAUUCUUCCGUUAUUACCCCCAAAAUGCUGGUAGGGUUUUUACGCAGAGAUAAAACUAUCUCUUAUUCUGGAUGCAUGACUCAGCUGUUCUUUUUCUGUAUUUUUGUCAUUUCUGAGUGCUACAUGUUGGCAGCAAUGGCCUAUGAUCGCUAUGUCGCCAUCUGCAGCCCCCUGCUCUACAAUGUCACCAUGUCCUUUAAGGUCUGUAACCUGCUGGUGGCUGCUGUCUUCUCAGUAGGUUUUACUGAUGCUGUGAUUCAUGGAGGUUGUAUAUUAAGGUUGACUUUCUGCAGUUCAAAUGUCAUUAAACAUUAUUUCUGUGACAUUGUCCCUCUUAUUAAACUUUCCUGUUCCAGCACUUAUAUUGAUGAGCUUUUGAUUCUUGUCAUUGGUGGGUUUAACAUGGUAACUACCAGCCUGACAGUCAUCAUUUCAUAUGCUUUUAUCCUCUCCAAUAUCCUCCGCAUCCACUCUAAAGAGGGCAGGUCCAAAGCAUUCAGCACCUGCAGCUCCCACUUGACAGCUGUUCUUAUAUUUUAUGGGUCUCUUAUGGCCAUGUAUCUCAAACCUGCUUCUAGCAGUUCACUCACCCAGGAGAAAGUAUCCUCAGUGUUUUACACCAUUGUGAUUCCCAUGUUAAACCCCCUCAUAUAUAGUUUGAGGAACAAGGAAGUGAAAAAUGCACUGAUAAAACUUUUAAGAAGAAAAAUGUCUCCAUAA